GCUGCAGGGACGCGGGCUCGGCCGGCACCAUGAGACCGGAGGCGGCGGCGGCCGGAGCUCGGGAGGCUCCGGGCAGCAUCUGUCGCUGCCCCGAGGACGGGCCCCGGAGGCCACUGCCACCGCGCGGGCCCGACAGCAACUUUCUCGUCGAUCGGCUGCCUUUCACCCUGGAGGAAGAGUCGUGUCCAUGGAUUUGGGCUGGGGGAGAGUGGGUGUUCCGCGGGGGCUGUGCGCAUCGCACGCGGGUCUCCGCAGCGCGGCAGCCUGAGCCUGGAGGUGCCCAACAAACUUUUGGAUCAAAGGGAGCCUUUGGGUUUCAGCAUCCUGUAAGACUUUAUCUACCCGCUUCCAAACGUCAAGAAUACCUACAGAGAUCCGGGGAGAAAGUGCUGGCCAGUUUCCCAGUGCAAGCCACGAUUCACUUCUACAACGAUGAGUCUGACGGGUCUGACUCCGAGGAUGAGGAGCAAGAGGAAGAAACUCUACCCUGCCAUCCUCCCUGCCAGGAGUUGGAAGGUCUGGAGGAAAAUAGCCAAGGGGGAAAGAGCAGAGACUGGCCCUUACACCAAGGGUGGCCGUCGGGUGGAAGGGGUGGCCUCUGUGGUAAGGGUCAGCUUCCCCACGGUGACCCCCCAGGGGACUGUGAGUGCUCCUCCAACAAAUGAAUCGGUGACUCCAUCUCUCUUCCACCACAGCCCCACCGGGCUGCUCCUCCAGGGCCCUGGUCCAGGCCUGCCCCACCCUUGCCCUCUUGGGCAUAGCCAGGCCAGGACAGUUUGCACCCACUGCUGGGCCUGCAGAGGCCAGGGGCUGCUCAACACUCUACUCAU